AUGACGGAUCCAAUUCCUAAUUCAAAAGUUAGGACUUCUCCGAACACCAUUUUCAUUCUCGCAGGACAGAGCAAUAUGGCUGGUCGAGGCGGUAUCUUGCAGGACCCAACCACAAACAAAAUGGUAUGGGAUGGAUAUAUCCCGCCCGAAUGUCAAUCCAACGAAUCGAUCUUUCGAUUGACAGCUGAUUUGGUAUGGGAACAAGCCCAUGAGCCACUCCAUUGGGAUAUUGACGUUGUAAAGACCAAUGGGAUUGGACCCGGCAUGGCCUUUGCCAAUGAGCUUUUGGCAAUAGCUGGGGACAGGGUUGGUGUCAUUGGUCUGGUUCCAUGUGCUAUUGGAGGAUCCCAUUUGAAAGAAUGGGUUAAAGGGACUGAUAGAUAUGCUAAUCUGGUUGAAAGGAUUAAGGCUUCGGAAAAAAAUGGGGGGAAAGUACAAGGAUUUUUAUGGUAUCAAGGAGAGUGUGAUGAUGCAGUUGAAGACGAAGCUAUGUGUUAUGAAAGAGAGCUCACUAAGUUCUUCACUGACUUGCGUGCUGAUGUGAACCACCCGGACCUACCCUUCAUUGUGGUGAAGAUAGUAACUCAUGAUUUUUUCAUAAGUCCAAAUAUAAGCUUCAAGGAAGAAGUAUGGAAGGCUUUGGAGGCAGUCACGCACAAGCUACCAAACGUAAGAAUGGUGGACGGUCCGAUGGCCGUGGGCAACUUUGACGAAGGCCUUAACGAAGAUAAAGGUCAUCUCAACGUUAAAUCUGAAGUGAAAUUGGGCAAAAUGUUUGCUCAUUCCUUUUAUUCAAACUUUGCCCACAAUUUCAUUUCCUAA